GAAAGGGAGGGGGAAAGAAGAGUGGGGAGGACCCAGGUUGGGGGGGCCCUCUCCAGUCCCACCCAGUUUAGGGAAUGCCCCUGCCCUCUCCCCCACCCCCCUUCACCUGGCUCUUAAAGGGCCCGGCCCCUGGCCGGCGGCUACUUAAGACAGAGGGGCGGCGGCGGGCAGCAGCUGCGCUGCGACUGCUCUGGAAGGAGAGGACGGGGCACAAACCCUGACCAUGACCCCCCAUAGGCUGCUGCCACCGCUGCUGCUGCUGCUGCUAGCUCUGCUGCUCGCUGCCAGCCCAGGGGGCGCCUUGGCGCGGUGCCCAGGCUGCGGGCAAGGGGUGCAGGCGGGUUGUCCAGGGGGCUGCGUGGAGGAGGAGGAUGGGGGGUCGCCAGCCGAGGGCUGCGCGGAAGCUGAGGGCUGUCUCAGGAGGGAGGGGCAGGACUGCGGGGUCUACACCCCUAACUGCGCCCCAGGACUGCAGUGCCAUCCGCCCAAGGACGACGAGGCGCCUUUGCGGGCGCUGCUGCUCGGCCGAGGCCGCUGCCUUCCGGCCCGCGCGCCUGCUGUUGCAGAGGAGAAUCCUAAGGAGAGUAAACCCCAAGCAGGCACUGCCCGCCCACAGGAUGUGAACCGCAGAGACCAACAGAGGAAUCCAGGCACCUCUACCACGCCCUCCCAGCCCAAUUCUGCGGGUGUCCAAGACACUGAGAUGGGCCCAUGCCGUAGACAUCUGGACUCAGUGCUGCAGCAACUCCAGACUGAGGUCUACCGAGGGGCUCAAACACUCUACGUGCCCAAUUGUGACCAUCGAGGCUUCUACCGGAAGCGGCAGUGCCGCUCCUCCCAGGGGCAGCGCCGAGGUCCCUGCUGGUGUGUGGAUCGGAUGGGCAAGUCCCUGCCAGGGUCUCCAGAUGGCAAUGGAAGCUCCUCCUGCCCCACUGGGAGUAGCGGCUAAAGCUGGGGGAUAGAGGGGCUGCAGGGCCACUGGAAGGAACAUGGAGCUGUCAUCACUCAACAAAAAACCCCAGGCCCUCAAUCCACCUUCAGGCCCCGCCCCAUGGGCCCCUCACCCCUGGGCCUUUACACAUGCGGUUGGAAAGAGUGUUGGUGUUGGCUGGGGUGUCAAUAAAGCUGUGCUUGGGGUUGC